CGUGCGCAUGGAGAAUCCGUCACAGUCUUUGUUCGACAACAAGUAACUGAGUUAUAUCUGAAAAUGUGCUCCUCAGGAUUCAAUGUCGUUGCCAUUCCAGAAACUCGUUUUAAAGAAGUUAUUGAACAUUUGAGAUUUAAUUUUUUUGCUGAUGAACCUUUAAAUUGUGCAGUAGGUCUUUGUCGAAAAGGAGAGUCGCAUUUUGAAUUAGAAAAUCACUGCUUGGCUACUUUGAAACAAGGAUAUUCACGGAUGCUUGUCACAGAUGAUGGAACGAUAGGAGGUUUGGUGUUAAAUGGAAUAUUGAAGAAAGGUGAACGUGAAGAAGCUUUUCGACGUCUUGAAAAAGUUGAUGAUGAAAAAUUUAAAACAAUUUUUGGAUUGUUACAUACAUUGAAUUCGGCAGUUAAUCUGUUUACAACGCAUUGUACUGAUGAACUAUUCGAAUGUCGAAUUCUUAGCGUAGAUGAAAAAUUUCGUGGCCAAGGACUUGCUAACACUCUUUUGAGUGAUACUAUAGAAGUGGCUAAAAAAGCUGGUUUCAAGGUAAUUAAAGCUGAUGCAACAGGUAUAUAUUCGCAGAAGGUAUUCGAAAAACAUGGUUUCCAGACUGAAUUCAGAAUACCUUACUCUGAAAUUGAUGAAAAGCUCAGACCUAAACCACCUCACAAGGAGUUAAAGCUGAUGGUCUUGGAUUUGCAUUAAAUUUCAUAAAAAAAGGAUAUAUCUAAAUCCCACAUAUAUGCAUAUAAGAGAAUGCAGUAGUAAAAAAAAAAUGAGUUUUGUUUUUGAAAGUCUGACAAUAACAGCUCUCUAAUAUAAAAAUAAAUGUAAGAGUGAAAAUUAAUAUAUAUAUAUUUUACAAAAUAAGAGCUGCAAAAUUAUCUUCACAUUUCAAAAUCAUGUUAAUAAUGAUUUAAAAUUACUGCCCUGUUACAAUCUGUAAGUUAUUCAUACAUUGAGUUCAACUGAUACACACAAUGAGCAUAUUAAAAAGAGAAGGCAAAAGUGAAAAUGAAAUAAAGAUUAUUUAAACCGCCAUUAUUGGUAGGUCUGAAAUCAUAUUGCUAUGAAUGCAAAAGUAAAGUAUUUAACAGCUACCGUCCAUUGGUGGCAACGAUACUGUAAUUUAUCGUACAAAUCUUAUGAUGGGUCCAGUAACGUCCAAAAAAGCACAAAAUAUUAAAGUUAUACUAUACGCAGUAUUUUUGUUGUUACCUGACAAUAUAAUUACAAAUAUUGAUAUUAAUGUUUCAUUUUGUAAAAUAUCCACACUCAAAGAAUAAAUAGUC